UCGUGGGAUAACUUGCUCUGGGGAACCAGCACCAUGGCGUCGGGCUGCAAGAUUGGCCCGUCCAUCCUCAACAGCGACCUGGCCAAUUUAGGGGCCGAGUGCCUCCGGAUGCUAGACUCCGGGGCUGAUUAUCUGCACCUGGAUGCACCCUGCUCUUCAGGGAGGUCAGUUUUUUGUAAGCAUUUUGUUCCCAACAUCACCUUUGGUCACCCUGUGGUAGAAAGCCUUCGAAAGCAGCUAGGCCAGGACCCUUUCUUUGACAUGCACAUGAUGGUGUCCAGGCCAGAGCAGUGGGUAAAGCCAAUGGCUGUAGCAGGAGCCAAUCAAUAUACCUUUCAUCUCGAGGCUACUGAGAACCCAGGGGCUUUGAUUAAAGACAUCCGGGAGAAUGGGAUGAAGGUUGGCCUUGCCAUCAAACCAGGAACUACAGUUGAGUAUUUGGCACCAUGGGCUAAUCAAAUAGAUAUGGCCUUGGUUAUGACAGUGGAACCUGGGUUUGGAGGGCAGAAAUUCAUGGAAGAUAUGAUGCCAAAGGUUCACUGGCUGAGAACCCAGUUCCCAUCUUUGGAUAUAGAGGUUGAUGGUGGAGUAGGUCCUGACACUGUUCAUAAAUGUGCAGAGGCAGGUGCUAACAUGAUUGUGUCUGGCAGUGCCAUUAUGAGGAGUGAAGACCCCAGAUCCGUGAUCAACUUACUAAGAAAUGUUUGCUCAGAAGCUGCUCAGAAACGUUCUCUUGAUCGAUGAAACUACCAGGAACCCAUUGUUUGCUUAUGAAACCUUUUUACUGGAAAACAGGAAUAUUGACUACCAAAUAAUAUUGCAUUUGAGUCAGUGCCGCUUUUCUGAGCAAUUCAUUCCAGUGAUUAAAAUCUAUUUUGCAGAAUGUUCCAAGAGAUUAGAAAUUGGUGUGUAUAACUACAUUUUUAGUGAUGCAAUUUAAAGACUAAUGUAGUGAAAUACCCUGUUUUUACUGGGAGAAUUGAUUUUUGUAAAGAGUAAAAUAUGGCUAUAUUAAGGUUAUAUGUAGAAAUGUGUCUUAAUGCCUAAGGAAAGCGUAUUAGCUACUAUGAAGAAAAGUUUUCUUUGUAUUUUUAAAAGGAGUGUCUUGUUUCCCAGCCAUUUUCCAAAAGCAAAGAAAGUCCUAUGUUUUUUUCUGUUUCAUGUCAGUUGUGGUUUGUUUUUAUGUUUGAUAUGAGCGCAGUGGAACUAAAACAUACAAGCUUGCAUACAAUGGAAUAACAUAGUCUUACUCCUGAAACGUUUACUUUUCAUUUUUUAUCUUAUACUUGAUCCAUUAAAAACUGUAAAAACACUGUAUGAAGCCCAAAGGUUUUAAAAUCUGUGCAUAGAUUUUUAUCAAGGUGAGGUGUUUGCUUUAUCACAGCCGGUGGCUUUUUUACUCUCACUGACCAUUC